AUGCGGUUCCUGGUUGCGUUGGUCCUGCUGAGCGUCGCAGCGGCGGUGUUCCCAGCACAAGAACAGUCUGGCAAGUUAAAGGUGCAAUCCACGGCAGACAGCCCUGACAAGGGGAAGGCCGAGCCGCAGUCCACGGGAGACGACCCUGCCAAGGAGAAAUCCCAGCCGCAGUCCACGGGAGACGACCCUGACAAGACGGCCGAGCUGCAGUCCACGGGAGAAGGCCCUGACAAGGAGAAAUCCCGGCUGCAGUCCACAGGAGACGACCCUAACAAGCGGAAGGCCGAGCCACAGUCCACGGGAGAAGGCCCUCACAAGGGGAAGCCGGAGCUGCAGUCCCUGGGAGAAGGCCCUGACAAGGAGAAAUCCCGGCUGCAGUCCACGGGAGAAGGCCCUGACAAGGAGAAAUCCCAGCCGCAGUCCACUGGAGAAGGCCCUGACGAGGAGAAAUCCCAGCCGCAGUCCACGGGAGAAGGCCCUGACAAGGAGAAAUCCCGGCUGCAGUCCACAGGAGAAGGCCCUGACAAGGAGAAAUCCCAGCCACAGUCCAUGGGAGAAGGCCCUGACAAGGAGAAAUCCCGGCCACAGUCCACGGGAGAUGGCCCUGACAAGGAGAAAUCCCGGCCACAGUCCACGGGAGAUGGCCGUGACAAGGGGAAGCCUGAGCCGCAGUCCACGGGUGGAGGCCCUGACAAGGAGAAAUCCCAGCCGCAGUCCACGGGAGAUGGCCCUGACAAGGGGAAGCCCGAGCCGCAAUCCACGGGAGAUGGCCCUGACAAGGAGAAAUCCCAGCCGCAGUCCAUGGGAGAUGGCCCUGACAAGGAGAAAUUCCAGCCACAGUCCAUGGGAGAUGGCCCUGACAAGGAGAAAUCCCAGCCGCAGUCCACGGGAGAAGGCCCUGACAAGGAGAAAUCCCAGCCGCAUCCACGGGAGAUGGCCCUGACAAGGAGAAGUUCCACGGGAGAAGGCCCUGACAAGGAGAAAUCCCAGCCGCAGUCCACGGGAGAUGGCCCUGACAAGGAGAAAUCCCAGCCGCAGUCCACGGGAGAUGGCCCUGACAAGGAGAAGUCCCGGCCACAGUCCACGGGAGAAGGCCCUGACAAAGAGAAAUCCCGGCCACAGUCCACGGGAGAAGGCCCUGACAAGGAGAAAUCCCGGCCACAGUCCACGGGAGAAGGCCCUGACAAGGAGAAAUCCCAGCCACAGUCCACGGGAGAAGGCCCUGACAAGCUGGUCUCCAACCCCUCCUCUGGUAACAAGGAGCCCACCAAGCCUGACUUAAACAUACCAGCUGACAAAGAUAGCUCUCUGUAUGCUUUUAGAAGUGAAUCUGGGGAGAGAGUAUUACUAGACUCGAAACCCACUUCUCCACAGCAGGAGAGAGAAGGCAAGUCUUCAGAGCUUACAGAUGUGGAUCCCAAGAAGGCUGAGGAAGGGGAUACAGAGCCUGAAGAAGAUUCACCAUCCGAAGGAGAGAAAGAAAUGCCUGGCCUUGCCUCCAGUGAGAACCGUGAAGGGACACUUUUGGAUUCCAUGGGUAGACAGAAUGAUGACCUUUUUAAGAACAAUCUUGGAAGUGCUAGUGCAGAGAGCAGCCACUUCUUUGCCUAUCUGGUGACUGCAGCCAUUCUUGUUGCUGUCCUCUACGUUGCCUAUCACAACAAACGGAAGAUUAUUGCUUUUGUCCUAGAAGGAAAAAGAUCUAAAGUCACUCGGCGCCCAAAGGCCAGUGAUUACCAGCGUUUGGACCAGAAGAUUUGAUUUUUCCAUUCUUGAGAACUUUGUCCUCCCUGCUGAUUUGUUUUUAAAUCGAGAGAAAUGAAGAAAAAAAGUACUGUGACCUAAGAGACACCCCCUCCUCUAGGAUUUGGUGGCAAGUCUGGGCUGGCAGAGGCGGGGGAAUUCUUUUGAUUUUUGCACCUGCACUUUGGUGACCUUGUACGCCUGUGUCCCCAUUAUCUCUGCUGGUGUCUUCCAUCCUUUCCUCCUCUGAUUGUGAAUAGAGAGAGCAUGUGGGAAGCCAGCUGUGACCAAAGGGAGAUCUCAGCCCCAGGCAGGCUACUGCUGCUGACUGCCUUCCCUAGGGCGUUGGCCAUUUAGUAGUUAUCCCUUGAAAAGAGCAUUGUGCCCACCACUAUUUAUCUUUGUAGACCUAGGAAAACUCUCUGCAGGAUGAGGUGCUCUUGUAUCAAGGCCUCUUACUUUGGGGGGAUGUGCCCUUUACAAAAGAUGAAGAGGUGAAUGCUGACGGACACAGGGCUACUUUAACACAUAACUCUCUUCAGAGGCUCCAGCAGCAAACCAAAACAGCUUUUAAAAAGUGCUUUACUGUCUGUAAGUCCAACCUGUCUAGCAUAAGUCCUUCAC